AUGGGCUCAUUGGGUGGGGUGGUCGCGGAUUCACAGUUUCAUGUACUGGCAGUUGAUGAUAGUGUUAUUGACAGAAAACUGAUUGAGAGGCUUCUCAAGAUCUCUUCCUAUCAAGUGACUACUGUAGAUUCUGGGAAUGAGGCUCUCGAGUUUCUGGGUUUGCAAGACGAGGAAAACAAAGAUUCAGACCUUCCCUCCGUUUGUACAGCAAAUCACAAUCGUCGAGAGGUGGAAGUGGAUUUGAUUAUUACAGAUUACCGUAUGCCUGGAAUGACGGGCUAUGAUCUCUUGAGAAAGAUUAAGGAAUGUUCAUCUUUAAGAGACAUACCAGUUGUAAUAAUGUCCUCUGAGAACAUUCCUUCAAGGAUUAACAGAUGCUUGGAACAAGGGGCAGAAGAGUUCUUUCUCAAGCCAGUUCAACAAGCAGAUGUGAAUAAACUUAGACCACAUUUACUGAAGGAAAGGUUAAGGAACAACAAGAGCAAGCUCAUUGAAGAAUGUCUUGGAAGUCGACCAAUAAAGAAAGAAAAUUUUCAGUAG